UGACUGCUAAGAAGUGCGAAGAAACUACCAAGACAAAGAUGCUCAUAGGAGGCGAUGGAUGUCCAAAAGCUUUGCAGAAGAUGAAGCCUUAUGUGGCCAUGAUUUUGCUACAGUUUAGCUAUGCCGGUAUGUUCAUAAUCUCAGUGGCAACUCUCAAGGAUGGGAUGAACCAAUUUGUGCUCGUUGUAUAUCGUAAUAUUGUUGCUGCGGCUGUCAUUGCUCCUUUCGCACUCUGGUUUGAGAGGAAAGGGAGACCUAAGAUCACACCAAUCAUCUUCAUCAAGAUAUUGGCACUUGCAAUUUUGGAGCCAGUGCUUGAGCAAAACUUCUACUGUAUGGGAGCUAAGUUGACCUCAGCUAGUUUUGCUUCUACGCUUGAGAACAUAAUUCCAGCAAUUACUUACCUUAUGGCCCUUGUUCUCAGAACUGAGAAGUUCGACAUAAGGAGAAGAAGAGGCCAAGCGAAGGUAAUAGGAACCCUCCUGACAGUGGCCGGUGCCGUUCUAAUGAUUCUAUACAAAGGCCCCAUCUUCGAUCUAGUCUUUUACUCCAAAGCUCGAGAGACACAAAGCAACUCUGCUAACUCCAUUGGGCAAGGCAAAGACAGCUCCAAGUGGAUGAAAGGCACAUUUAUGAUUAUAGGGAGCAGCACCAGCUGGUCGGCCUUUUUAAUCCUACAAUCAAACACAUUGGAAUCAUAUCCAGCUGAACUUACCCUUACUGCUUUGAUCUGCUCAAUGGGUGCGGUGAUGAGUACUACAGUUGCAUUAGUGGCAAAUCAUGCAAGUAGCAGGCCAUGGAUUAUAGGUUUUGAUAAGCGGCUUCUUGCCCCAAUAUACACGGGGGUGGUAUGCACUGGAGUUGCUUAUUAUGUGCAAGGGAUAGUGAUGAAGGAGAGGGGUCCAGUGUUUGCAAGUGCUUUUAGCCCUCUUGUCAUGAUUAUGACUGCCAUUAUGGGCUCCUUCAUUCUGGCAGAGAAGUUAUCUCUAGGAAUGACUAUUGGAGCUAUUAUUAUGGUGGCAGGUCUCUACGCACUCCUGUGGGGCAAAAGCAGGGACUAUCUAAGCUCAUUUGAAAUUGAAAGAAAUGCAGGAGAAUCAGAGCUGCCUCCUCGUGGCGUCUUCCCUGUUUUUGGGAAAACUAGGCCUCCCGCCACGCUAGAGAAAAGCAUGUACAGAGCCACGUACGAGUACUUAAGAGUUGUCCUAGCCACGCUAAGAAAAACGUGCACCAGGCUUACCUUCCUCAUCGCAUGCGUCGCACCGGAUUCCCUCCUACCACGCUAA